GAAUAUUGAGAAAUUGGCCGUUGCUCUUGACUUGAUUGUCUCUUUACGGCGUAGAGAAUAGAAGUCAAAUCACAAUGUCUACAUUGUUUCAGCCGGCCCGCACGUUGAUGCGCCCUUGUACCGGCUCCAAAAUUCCCAGAGUAUUUUCACAACUUCCUCCGACCUAUCGAUCAUUCCAUGCCUCCCCACGAACUCAGUCUCUCGAUUCUGUAUUGAUAGCUACACAUGGAGUUCUAGAAGGACUUCACUCUUUUACUGGUCUGCCAUGGGCUUUUACACUACCUCUCACUGCUUUAGCUAUUCGGACCGUCCUUAUCUUCCCACUCGGUAUCAAUUCACGACGAGCUGCGCAAAAACAAAUCGACUUAAUGCCCCUCAUGAAUGCAUGGCAACAUCAAUUUAGAAAACAAUCAAUACAAGAAGUUGGCCAUUUGGGGCCGGAUGCAGCAAAUCAGUUUGUUAAGGACAAAAUGAAUAAGAAGAAGAGGGAACUCUAUUCAAGAUACAGUUGUGGUACUUGGAAACAUUAUCUGCCAUUUUUGCAAUUGCCCGUUUGGAUGAUCGCUGUAGAGACGAUUCGAAAAAUGUGCGGCGCACACGAUGGAUUAUUGAAAUGGAUCGAAUCGCUGUUCAUAUCGAGUAAAGCAAAUGAGGCGGCGGCUACCACGGAUCUGGACCUGGGCUCUCUACUAUUAGAGCCCACCUUCGCGACAGAAGGGGCAUUGUGGUUUCCCAAUCUUCUCAUUUCGGAUCCAAUGUUGAUACUACCUUUCAUGCUCUCUGGGUCCAUUCUAUUGAAUCUCACAGGCCAGGGAAAACCUAAGAGUGUAUUCAUGAAGAGAUUGAUGAAUUCGUUGAAGGUAGUUGCUCUUGCAAUUAUUCCACUUACAUUGCAGAUGCCGAGUGCAAUGUUGGUGUAUUGGACAUCUUCCUCUUUGCUUGCUUUUGGACAAGCCAAGAUGUUGGAUGUUUUUAUGCCGAUUAGAAAACCUGUAGUACCAUGUAAAGGGGGUCAGCCUGUUAGAUAUGCAGGUACCAGGGAGAGGAGUUGAAGCUAUAGUAUGGUUGCUAUGGACAAUAGGCAGUAAUGAUCUGAACAACUGAUAUACCCUGUGAGAGAUGAAUAAUGAUCGGCGUAAGAGUCAAGAAAGGAAUGGAGCAUGCGAUUUCGGACGUGAGGGAUUGAGCAGCGAAACGUAACCCAUAUUGGCGGCCAAAAAGGAGUGGAACAUUGGUGCGGGCAAAUGGACAAUUUGAGACGAAUCUAAUCGUCGACUGGGGGACGCAAAUCAGUAGUGCAAAAGCUACGAUUAGAUAGCUAUGCUUUUUCACAGCAGGUCCGGACAACUGUCAAAGUACGUACCUCAGCAACAUCUACAACAUCUAGACAAUUUGCGACGUAUAAUGUAUCUUGCCCCCAUCUUCCCAUAGACAUCCAUUACAGCUCGAUAAUGAAUCAACUGGAUUCACUCAUGUAACCUUUCAGCCUUUUAGUCAGAGUUCCAACCAGUUACUGCUCAUCCUUGUUCCAAUAAAAACACGCUAGCAUAGUAUUGUGCACGCUAGAUUACCAAUUAGCAUUUAUUUUCA